CAUCCCCCGAAUCUCCGGUAGGUCUCCAUACUGGUUGAUAGUGUUUUAGUUCUCCUGGUUGCUGUUUAUUGGCGUUGGGCCAGUUUUAUUUGUGGCUUCAGGUCAAGCUUCACCACAGGGGAUCUCUGGCUGCUGAGCCCAGCUGUGAUCUUGUGAGGUUUCACGCAACCCACGAUUGAGAAGCUUACUGCUUAGUCUGAUGGUGGUUCGUGAUUCUGAGGAUCUUAUGAACUGAUCAUAUUUUCUUGUAUGAGGAUCACUGACUAGUGGCGCGAGCGCCCGUUCUAGGAGCAGUGAGUAGGCGCUCACGUUCAUCCUGUCCCCUAAUUGUGUGUUUGCUGUUAUUUUGCACAGUUCAUAAUUGUAUACUUACUUCUUCAGUUUGCUGUGUGUGUGUGGUGAGUAAACCCUCUUUUACAAAAUACUAUCUCGCCAUGUUCAAUGGCUAUUUCAUAGUUUUUACGACCAUUAUACCAUUACAAUAGUAUUUUAUGAGCUGAUGUAUUGAAACUAAUACUGUCUUAAUAGCCUAGUAAUUGUCUAUUUUAAAUGGUGUGCUUGUUUAAACUUGUAUUUCUAUAUAAGUAAAUCUUGCACUCUUGGGAGAUACUCCACUUCAGUUUUUCUUGUUUUUAAAUUUUUUGACUAUGUGGGUUUGUAGUUUCACAUUAACAUGACAUUUAAGAGCCAUUGUUACUCAACAUUUUCCAAGAUGAUUCAAAAUCUCAACUGCUUUUUUUUUCUUCCUUUUUUGGCUAAAACAAAACUGCAGUGUGCACAUUGAGGGACCUGCUGACUUGUCUUGGUUCAUCCCUGCUAAACUUAAGUGCUGCACAGACUGUACUUGUCUUUCUUUCUCACUCCAAUAAUGAGCAGUGAACUUUAGGAAUUAUGGGGCUGAUAAUGAGCAGGAACGAGCAGCGGUCAACUCACCAGUCAGAAUUGGAUUCAGAUCCAGAUCCUCGUGGCCCAGAUGAUUCUCCAUACACUGAUCACAAGGAUCCUGAAUGUGUACCUUAAAGUCCCAGCUGUUCUCCAAGAUCGUUACAAUUGCUGAAAAAUCUUAUGUAUCUUUGCAACAAAGUUUGUUUUCGAGAAGACCACAGGAUGUCACUGUAAGUUUUCACAUUGGCAGUGCCCCCAAACUAACUUCUCAGGAAACAGUUAGUUGAACCUGUGCUCAAUCUUUGCAGAGCUUUCCUCCUGCUGUACUGCGGUUGUUGCUUUGCUAGCUUCCAAACCUAAUGACAUUUUGGCUGGAGCCUGCUAGAUAUGGCCGGGUAACCUGGCUGAAGUAAGUCCUCCUGAUCUCUUUAACCGGUUCAUGGUGGUCCUGUGUUCAGUCUCACUGGGUCUCUUCCUCCACAUCUUGUAGUGCUUCUUUGUUCUGUUCUUCUGUUUACUGUUUAUAAUAUAGAUGUAUAGAUAUAUAGCUAUAUAGAUUCAAGUGUUUGUGAUCAGAGGAGUGAUUUUAUUCCAACUCAUUGAUGUGCUUUUUUUUUUCAUUAAAAGUCUCCAGAAGGGUUUGGAACAUUAAAAUAUCAACACUGUUAUAUUUCCAGCUCACUGUUGGUGUCAGUGUCUACCCAGCUGUAAUUUCAGAUAUAGGUCUCUACAGGAAGAAGCCAAUAACAGAGGAAACAUGGAGAAGAUCACAGACCAUCUCUGCAGGUACAAAAACUACAACUUUGGUGUUGGUCUCACAACUCCAGAGUACAUGGAUUCCCUCCAGAGCUUUGAAAUUCGAGAUAGUGACGUACUCCUCGUCACUUAUCCAAAGUCAGGUACCAUAUGGACUCAACAGAUCAUCAUCUCCAUCUGUGAGUUGGACGGGGGUCUAACUAAAUAUCCAAACAACUUGGAGCAGAUGCCGUGGCUGGAGUACACGGAGGGGCGAGAAGAUUACGCCCUACGACCUUCUCCACGGCUCUUCUCCUCUCACCUCACCCCGGCUCUCAUGCCCCCAGGACUGAAGGACAAGAAGGCAAAGAUUAUCUACGUGAUGCGGAAUCCAAAGGACAACAUCGUCUCCUAUUACCACUUCAGUGGUAACAGUGGCCUCCUGGAGACUCCCAAGAGUUUUGAGGACUUCUUUGAGCGGUAUCUGAUGGGAAAUGUUGGAGCAUCAUCCUGGUUCGACCACAUCAGGGAGUGGCAUUCAAAGAGCGACCAGUACAACAUCCUCUUCUUGACCUAUGAGGACAUGGUUCUAGACCUGAAGGUGGCAGUAACUAAGAUCUGCAACUUCUUAGGGAGAAACCUGAGUGAAGCAGCCAUUGAGCAAGUUGUGGAAAAAGCCACAUUUAGGAACAUGAAGAAAGACUUAAAAGCUAACUAUGAGUUUUUGCCACAAGAAAAGGUGAUGAAGGACUUCAUGCGCAAAGGUAAGAUCGGAGACUGGAAGAACACUUUUACUGCUGCUCAGAGUCAAAGAGUUGAUCAACUGCUUCAUGAGAGACUUGGUGAUAUGUCUCUGAAGUUCAUCUGGGAGUAAGCAGAGCAACCUCACCAACCUCAAGAUGUUUACACGUUUUUAAUACAGAAGCUGUUAAUAUCUGUUGUGAUAAGCAUCAGAAUAACACUGUACAACCCUUGUUUACACUUCUGACCUGGAAGAAAUGAACACGAGCACUAAUAAACUUGAUUGGCCAAUCUGUUGUCUUUAUUGAACGUCAAAAGGAAAUGAACUUGUUUCUUUGCGUA